ACCCAUUCUGUGUGUUAAUUAUGACGGAUGAACAACCUUGGCAUACGUGAUGAUAUUCUUGUGGGGAGAAGUAUCUUAAAAAGAACUCUUCUCUUUCUUGCUUCUUUCAUUCUAACCACCACAAUUGGAUUCAGUCGGAUACUUUUAUUGCUUCUUUUCCUGCUAAUCCUCUUUUGUACCUUUCUCUCUUUAUACCUCCUCUUCUCACACAACAAUCAUGGCUGAAUACAGGGAAGUUCAAUCUUUCCCAAUCGCUCCAAGAUUGACUCAAAACCCAAAACCACACGUAAACGAUUCAACAUACAAAUCAGAUCAUGCUGCCAGUCUAAAGAACCCAGACGAAUUCUGGGGUAAAUUGGCUCGUGAAAUGCUUUCUUGGGAUGUGCCUUUCCGUACCGUUCGUGCUGGUGGCUUCGAGAAUGGUGACGUUGCUUGGUUCCCUGAAGGUCAAUUAAAUGCUUCUUACAACUGUGUUGACAGAUGGGCAUACAAGAAUCCCGACAAAGUUGCUAUCAUCUACGAAGCCGAUGAGCCAGGAAAUCACGAAGAAGUCACUUAUGGCCAACUCCUCGUCCAAGUUAGUCAACUGGCAAACGCACUCAAAAAGAUGGGUGUCAAAAAAGGUGACAGUGUGAUCAUCUACUUGCCAAUGUGCCCGCAAGCAAUCGUCUCUCUUCUUGCUUGUGCACGUAUCGGUGCCGUCCAUUCAGUCGUCUUCGCAGGUUUCUCUUCUGAUUCCUUGCGUGACCGUACCGUUGAUUGUGAAGCCCGUGUUGUAAUCACAACUGAUGAAGGUAAACGUGGUGGACGUACAAUCGCAACAAAGAGUAUCGUUGAUGCUGCUUUGAAAGAAUGCCCAAAAGUGGAACACGUAAUCGUUGUCAAACGUACAGGGAACGAAUCCGUUCAAUUGCAAAAAGGUCGUGAUCAAUGGUGGGGUGACGUUUGCAGUCGUGAACGUGCAUUCUGCCCACCCGUUCCAGUCAAUUCAGAAGAUCCUUUGUUCAUCUUGUACACUUCCGGUUCUACAGGAAAGCCAAAGGGUGUCGUUCACUCUACUGCAGGUUACUUGUUGGGUACCGCUUUAACGGUCAAGCACGUCUUUGAUGUUCAUGAGAAUGACAAGUUCGCAUGUAUGGCCGAUGUCGGAUGGAUCACAGGUCACUCUUACAUCUGUUAUGGUCCUUUGAUGAAUGGUGUUACCACUUUGGUGUUCGAAUCCACUCCCGUCUACCCAACCGCAUCUCGUUACUGGGAUGUAGUGGACAAACAUAAGAUCACACAAUUCUACACUGCACCUACAUCUAUUCGUCUUUUGCGUAGAUUGGGUGAAGAGCACGUCAAUAAGGCCGAUUUGAGCUCUUUGCGUGUGAUCGGAAGUGUAGGAGAACCAAUUAACCCUGAAGCAUGGGAAUGGUACAACAAACAUGUUGGUCGUGAACAAUGUGCGAUUGUGGACACAUAUUGGCAAACAGAAACCGGUAGUAUUAUCAUCACACCUUUGCCAGGAGCUACAAAGACAAAACCAGGUUCAGCAACAAAUCCAUUCUGGGGUAUCGAUCCAGUCCUGUUGGACCCACAAACAGGCAAAGAAGUUACUGGAAAUGAAGUUGAAGGUGUUUUGGCAAUUCGUAAUCCAUGGCCAAGUAUGGCACGUACAGUGUUCAACGAUCAUCAAAGAUAUUUGGAAACAUAUUUGCAUCCUUACAGGGGAUACUACUUUACCGGAGAUGGUGCAGCUCGUGAUAAAGAUGGUUAUAUCUGGAUCAAAGGACGUGUUGAUGAUGUUCUCAACGUUUCAGGACACAGACUCAGUACGGCGGAAAUUGAAAGUGCAUUGAUCAGUCAUCCUGGUGUCGCAGAAGCAGCAGUUGUUGCAAUGCCAGAUGAAACUACCGGUCAAGCAAUUUGCGCUUACGUUACAAUGAAGGGUGAUUAUGAUGGUGCAACUGAUGAUUCUUUGACAAAAGAAUUAGUCUUGGUUAUUCGUAAGAAUAUCGGUCCAUUUGCAACACCAAAGCGUAUUAUUGUCGCUCCUGAUCUUCCAAAAACACGAUCAGGUAAGAUUAUGAGAAGAAUUUUACGCAAGAUUGCCAGUAAUGAAGGUGAUCAAUUGGGAGAUGUUUCUUCCCUUGCUGAUCCUUCUAUCGUGGACAAGAUUAAAGAAUUGACUGCUAAGAAGUGAAAAUAGUUACUAAAUGAAAACAAAAGAAAAAAUUAUCGUUCUGUAGUCUCGUAUUACCUGCUUACCAAUGAGAUUGAAUACCAUUACUUAAGUGUACAAUGUG